CCAGGUCUCGGAAAUAAUCCGAAGGAAGAUUAUUUGGACUUCUGAUGUUGGUCAAUUGAAUCUCUCGCUGGAGUUUUAGUUAAACUGCUAACCAGCCAUGAUUUCGAAUAGGAACGAUGGUCACUUGGAAGAAACUAGUUCAUCUUUAGAAGCACAAAAGCUUGCUCAUGUUAUAAGUUCAAAUAUCCAUAAAAUUGCACAAUAUUCUGCAGAAAUCCAAAAGACUUUGAGCUACUUCGGUAAACCUGAGGAUAAUAUUGAACUUCGACACCAGCUUCAGCAGAAGCAGCAGUUAGUCAACCACCUUGCUAAAGAAACUGAGAAGAACUUAAAGGAAUUUGGAUUAAUAAAAUCUUUAACUGACCAGAGGCAAAGGAAGAUAAUGAAAGAUCGUUUAGUAGCAGAAUUCACUACAGCACUCACUAAUUUUCAAAGAAUCCAACGAGAAGCUGCAGAAAAGGAAAAAGAAUUUGUAGCAAGAGUACGUGCUGGCUCACGACUGUCUCAAGGUUUACCUGAUAACGAAAAUGAUGCGAAACUGUUGUCAAUUGACCGUCCAAAUCAGGUUCAAGAUGAAAUAGAAGAUGGAAUUACAGUGGAGGACUUGGAGCUUAUCAAAGAACGAGAGUCUGCAAUUAGGCAGCUGGAGUCUGAUAUCCUGGAUAUUAACGAAAUAUUUAAAGACUUGGGAAUGAUGAUUCAUGAGCAAGGAGAUCUAGUUGUAAGCAACUAUUGUCACAUUGGAGGAGGGCCAAAUUACCCUAAGGAUACUGUCCCUUUAGGAAAUUGCAUUCAUGUGAGUUCAAGAUUUUUUUUUUUUGUUGUUGUGUUCUAAAAUAUUUUCUGAAGAGCUUUGCAUGUAUAAAUCAGCUGUGUUAUCGUCAGUCUAUAAUAGUCUCUCUCAGUUGUGUAUUACUUCAAACUUUGGCUGGUAUGGCACUGGAAAGAGUUGAUUAGAAUCUGAACCUAGUGCAGCUUCAAACAGACUUCCUAAAAUGUUAAUGUCCAUUAGUUCUUGUUAACUUCUAUAAAAUAGUCAUUGACUUAAAAGUUGCACACCAACUUCCAUUGUGUCCUUUAGUAAAGGGGAGGCUCCUGUGAAUUUGCUGAAUUGAUCUCAGGAUAGAAAACUGAGUUAUUGCUGGUGGUAUGCAGCAAGUUGCUGAAAUCAGAUGAGUAUCUUCAAAUUUCACAGCUUUUGUUUAAAACUUUUGUUUUUAUUAAACUAUAAUGCAGUACCUUGAAUUAGUGCUUCACUGGCGUAGAUUAUGCCACUAAAGUGCACACAAUGUACAUACCCAGAGCUUUUUUCAAAAACAGAAAAAUAACAAGUGGCUGUUGGGUUAAGUCAAACUCAUGCAUGUGCUGGUUAAACAAAAAGAAUUGUCAAAGGAGUUGAGGAGAAAUCCUGGGACUUAACACUGUUUAUUGGGUUGUUAACACCUAUGAGUUUUGAAUUAACACAGCUCUGCUGAUGCCUCAUUAUUUUAGGCUGAGCACGGAAUUGUUAUAGUGCAGAUGGAGGCCAUUCAGCUCUUCAUGUCUGCACCAAAAAUCUCUCCCCAUUCUAAUUUGUUGUCAAAAUCUUUGCUUUUUCCUUUGUAGCCCAUCAUUUUUCUAUUUAAAUAAUCAUUUAAUACUUCAUUUGAACCUGCCUCCACCACACUUCCAAGCAAUGCAUUCUAAACCCUAACUACUUUUUCAUGAAAAUGAUUUUUUGUUCACUCACCCCACAUUUGCUUCUUCCUCAAAACACUGUAAACUGUGCUGUCUAUGAUUCUUGAUCCUUUUGACAAACUGGAAUAGUUUAUCCUUAUCUAACCCAUCCAGAUUUCUCAUGAUUUUGAAAACUCCUAUCAAAUCUCCCCUUAGCUGUGUCUGAGGAAAACAGUCCUAGCUUCUCCAAUUUUUCCUCAUGACUGAAGUGUCUCCUCCCUGGAACAAUUCUCAUACACGUUUUCUGUACUGUCUCCAAAACAUUCACAUCCUUCCGAAAAUGUGGCAUCCAGAACCAGGUCCUAUGAAAAAUCGUCAUAAGUUUCCCUCCUCUUGUAUUGUAUGCCCUUAUUAAUGAAUUCUAGAAUACUGAAUGCAUUAUACACCUGCUCUACCACUUUUAAUGACUUAAAUUCAUGUACACCCAGGUCUUUCUGCUCCUACACACACUUUUUAGAAUGGUACAAUUCAUUUCAUUUUGUAAUAUUUUGCGUUUGUUUUUUUGAACCAAAGUGAAUCACCUAACACUUCUGUGUUUUUAACUUGAUCUGCCACGUGUCGGCCCACUCCACCACGUCAGUCUUUUUGAGACUGCUGCCCUCUCAAUUCACAUUUCUUCCAAGUUUUAUGUUGUCUGCAAACUAUGGAAUUGUCCCCUGCACAUCAAGAUCUGGAUCAUUUACGUGCAUCAGGAAAAGCAAUGGUUCUGACCUGAAACGUCAAUUUUUCUGCCCCUCUGAUGCUGCCUGGCCUGCUGUGUUCCUCCAGCUCUACACUGUGUUGUCCCAAUAUCAACCCUUGGGGAACUUCAGUACAAAUGUCCCUUCCACCCUUUAAAAAAUAACCAUUAAACAUUACUUUCUGCUUCCUACACUUCAGCCAAUGUAGUUUCCUUGUUGCUACUGUACCUUUUUAUCCUGUGACCAUUAACUUUCCUGUCAAAGCUGUUGUGUAUCAAUGGGCUUUUGGAAAUCCAUUUACACCAUAUCAAUAGCGUUCCCCUCAUCAGCCCACUGUUACCUCUUCAAAAAUCUCCAGCAAGUUGGACAUUGUUUUCCCUCAUUGAAUCCAUGCUGACUGUUUCUGAAUCAGCCCACAUUUUUCCAUGGGACUACUAAUUGUAUCCAACAUAAUUGUUUCUGGAUGCUUCCCCUCCCCCCAACCUGAUGAUCACCAUAAUAAAUUGAAUUCAUGUGUGCCAUUUCCCCUUUGUUACACAUUUGAAAAUGGUAUGUUAAUCACAUAAACAAAAUGAAGUUAAGAAAAGUUCAGUCCUAAUUGGGAAGAUAUUGAGAAAUUUGUCCAGCGAAUUUGUGUUAGUUCUUCCUGUACAUAUGAGUUUUUUUUUGUUUGGGUUCA